GCAGGCACGCAGCGCCCUGGGACGCGGUGCGGAGGGCGGCAGCGCUGCCCGUGCGGCGGGAGAGGCUGAGCUGCUCGGGGGUCCUUCCCAAGCAUCGGCUCCGUCCUGGGCUCCGGGCACGGGGAGCCGCGUGUCGGCAACCGGCCGUGCAGGUGGAUGUCGCUGCGUUUGCCAAAAGAAAUGGCAUCUGAUAUUCCUGGCUCGGUGGCCUUGCCGGUGGCACCGAUGGCAAGCGGCCAAGUGAGAAUGGCAGGGUCCAUGCCUUCCAGAGGAGGAAAGCGACGCUCCGGAAUGGAUUUCGAUGAUGAAGAUGGGGAGGGACCCAGCAAAUUUUCAAGAGAGAAUCACAGUGAAAUUGAGAGGCGCAGGAGAAAUAAGAUGACACAGUACAUCACGGAGCUGUCUGACAUGGUGCCCACGUGUAGCGCGUUGGCUCGUAAGCCUGACAAGCUGACAAUCCUUCGGAUGGCUGUUUCACACAUGAAAUCGAUGAGGGGCACUGGGAACAAAUCUACUGAUGGAGCUUACAAGCCAUCGUUUCUUACGGAACAGGAACUGAAACAUCUUAUCCUGGAGGCUGCAGAUGGGUUCCUGUUUGUGGUUGCAGCUGAGACUGGGAGAGUCAUCUACGUAUCGGACUCAGUGACUCCCGUGCUCAACCAGCCGCAGUCCGAAUGGUUUGGCAGCACAUUAUAUGAACAGGUUCACCCAGACGAUGUGGAAAAGCUACGGGAGCAGCUGUGUACAUCUGAAAACUCUAUGACAGGACGAAUCCUGGACUUGAAGACUGGAACAGUAAAGAAAGAGGGUCAGCAAUCCUCAAUGAGAAUGUGCAUGGGAUCAAGACGCUCUUUCAUUUGCAGAAUGAGGUGUGGAAAUGCUCCUCUGGAUCACUUACCUUUGAACAGAAUAACCACCAUGAGGAAAAGAUACAGGAAUGGCCUGGGCCCAGUAAAAGAAGGUGAAGCACAAUAUGCUGUUGUCCAUUGCACUGGCUACAUCAAGGCUUGGCCACCAGCAGGAAUGACUAUACCAGAAGAAGAUGCUGAUGUGGGACAAGGUAGUAAAUACUGCCUCGUGGCAAUAGGAAGGCUUCAGGUAACCAGCUCUCCGGUGUGCAUGGACAUGAAUGGCAUGUCGGUCCCAACUGAAUUCUUGUCAAGGCACAACUCUGAUGGAGUCAUCACCUUUGUCGACCCCAGAUGCAUCAGCGUCAUUGGCUACCAGCCCCAGGAUCUUCUGGGGAAAGACAUUUUAGAAUUCUGCCAUCCUGAAGAUCAAAGCCAUUUGAGAGAGAGUUUCCAACAGGUUGUGAAACUGAAAGGUCAAGUCCUCUCUGUGAUGUACCGUUUUCGUACCAAAAACCGGGAAUGGAUGCUGAUCAGAACCAGCAGCUUCACCUUUCAGAAUCCUUAUUCCGACGAGAUUGAAUACAUCAUCUGCACCAACACUAAUGUCAAGCAGCUCCAGCAGCAGCAAGCAGAACUUGAAGUACAUCAAAGAGAUGGGCUGUCAUCCUAUGAUUUAUCUCAGGUACCUGUUCCAAGUAUACCAGCUAACGUUCAUGAGGGUGGAAAGUCUGUGGAAAAGCCGGAUGCUAUCUUCUCCCAGGAGCGAGAUCCUAGAUUUGCUGAGAUGUUUGCUGGAAUAACUGCUUCAGAUAAAAAAAUGAUGGCCUCAGCAUCCACAGCAGGAAACCAGCAGCUGUAUUCACAGGGAAGCCCAUUUCAACCAGGACAUUCAGGAAAGAGUUUCAGUUCAUCUGUGGUACAUGUGCCAGGUGUGAACGACAUCCAGUCUUCUUCAUCAACAGGCCAGAAUCUGACACAGAUAUCUCGCCAGCUAAAUCAGAGUCAGGUUGCCUGGACAGGAAAUCGCCCACCAUUUCCAGGACAGCAAAUUCCAUCUCAGUCUGGCAAGGCUCAGUCAUCUCCCUUUGGGAUUGGAACAAGUCACACCUACCCAGCAGAUCCAUCAUCAUACAGCCCACUUUCCAGCCCUGCCACCUCUUCUCCAAGUGGGAAUGCCUACUCCAGCUUAGCAAACCGAAGUGCAGGGUUCGCUGAAGGUGGUCAGAGCAGCAGUCAGUUCCAGGGGAGGCCGUCCGAAGUCUGGUCCCAGUGGCAGAGCCAGCAUCACAACCAGCAGAGUGGAGACCAGCACUCACACCCACAGCCCAGCCAGACUGAGGUGUUUCAGGACAUGCUGCCAAUGCCGGGGGAUCCAACGCAGGGUACUGGCAACUACAACAUAGAAGAUUUUGCUGAUCUGGGCAUGUUUCCACCAUUUUCUGAAUAGCUUGUGAAGCAGGAAUGGAAGCUCUUCUUCAAGGCCAUUUCAGUAUAUUUUUGGCUCUGCUUUUUCUGUGUUGCAUUUCUAUAGAAGCUACUAAACCAGAAGAUGCAUUUCUCAUAUUACAGAUAGUGGUGUAGGGCUUGCUCUCUCCUCCACGGGCUGCGUUAGUGCCGACAGAGGAGCUCCAGCUCUUGGUAGUGUUCAUUGACAGCUCCGUUAUUUUUUUUAUUUUAUUGUCAUCUACCUCAGAGAUGAAAAACUUUGUUUGAUUUAAAAAAAUUAUAUAUAUCUCUGAGUCUUAAAUAUUUGAAUGUGAAUGAUAUCUAAUAUUUCCUUUGAAUGGUAAUUUUUAAAUAGAUAACGCAGUAACAAAGACUAACAGAGAAAAGGUAAGGUGAUGUGUUAUUACAGUGCCUACCACUCAAUUUCGAUGCCUUGCUUUAAGCUUAAGUUUCUGGAAGCAGACAGAAUAUUCUGUUUUCUUUCGUUCUUGUAGUUUUUAGUUCACUUUAAAUGUGAGAUUAAGCAACAUAAUGUAGGCCUCUCUCACCAGAAGAUUCAGCUCCACCUUUUCUAACUUAAAUUUGAAUGUGUGUACAUUUUGGUACUUUAUGUAUAUCUUGUGAUGUAUGAAGUGAUUUCCUGUACUGGUUUCUUUUGCCUUUUAAUAGGGUCUAUUCUGGAGUGUACUGAGAAGGCUUGACAGUAUGUGGAGGCUUUAGAUACUGCAGGAGUCUCCAUCACUUCACAUAGUGUUCUUACUUUUAAUUCAGGUGGUUCUCUGUUCAGAACAAGCAUUUACUUACAGAAGCUAUUAGUCUGUUUUUGCACUGAAUUGAGGCCUAUGUAACUCUACAUAUUUCUCACUGGCUGCUUUAAUUUUGAUCUUGCUUUCCCCAAAAUACUCCCUCAUAAAAAUGACUGUAAAUCCAUCAAGAUUGCAUUUCUAUAUUAGCUGCAUUUCCUUUCUGUGAAGUACUUUUUAUACUGUGAAACCUCACGUUUUAGCAGUGCAAGGUGGUGGCCUAUUACAGUGAAAUCAUUCAAGCUCAUUUGCUGUAAGCAGUGAGAUGGUUUUGUAGCAUACACUUUUUUAGAGUUGGUAAUGGUAAUGGAUAUCAGUUGGACUCUUGUCCACUGUAUACAGUGAUAACUUGAAUUUUUGCUUGGAUUCCCAAGCAGUCAUUUCUGUUAACCCUGUUAACCUUUUUCUGUUAAAUACUGGGUUUUCACCUUACAAAGUGUUUUGAGUACUGGCUAUUCUGAAUGCUGUGUGCUUUUCCACAGAGGUAAGUUCAUCAGCCUUCCUUUAGAGCUAGUCAUCUACUAUAUCCAUUCAUCAGAAAUGUGGUAGCAAGUUUUUUGUUUCUUAUCUCAUGCAUAUGAUGAUUUACAAGAGGUUGGGUUUGUAAGCUCAGCCUUUUUAAUCAUUUCUUUUGGGAUGGGAGAAGGAAUUGCUCAGAAAGGAUGAGGAGCCCAGAGUUCCUGCGUGCAGAUUUUCUGCAACCUUUGAGGUUGGAAAGAUUGGGAAGGAAUAGGGUGAGCUUCCUGGAGCCUUUGCAUAUUCUGGAGCUAUCAUGGGCCUUGAAACAGGAACCCCUAUCUAGAUCCCAGUAUCUCCAGCCCCACAUCUAGAUCCUAAUGUUCACAGCAAUUCAUAGACUUCACAGCACUACGGUUUAGCUGCUUCUAGCUUCUCUUGAGUUGUGGGCUAUGAUCCAAUGGGAAGGACCACAUACGUUACUGUAGUCCAUGUUGCCAGGAAAACAUCUUGGAAAAGCAGGCAGGCCCCUGUCCUACAUUUUGCCCUGGCAUCAUGCAGAAAGGCAAUGCAGGCUGCCAGGCCAACAGUGGCACAGGGACCAUGGGGUGUUUUUCCACCUUACUUUGCUUCCCCAGACCUCAGGCAGAACAGCAUGUAGUUUUCAGUAUCCAGGAAGAGCCUUUUCUACUUUUUCUCUUGCCAAGUCUGGGACCAAUCUCUUAUCCUACGUGCAAGUGGGGCUAGAGACACUUUUUUUUUUAGGAAAUUUUUUAAUGUAUCUAAUUGCAGUAUUGCAGAGACCUCAGAUCUCCUGGUCUAUACUUGCCUCACCAAAAUCACACUGAAAACAAACAAAAAAUCAUACCUCUUCUCUCCCAGAAAUAGGGAAAGUACAUUCUUAGGUGAGCAAGCCAUGCACUUACGCACAAUUCAUUUGAAUACAUGAAUGUUAAUUCUCUUGGAGCCUUCUCCCUUUCCACCCAUGCUGCUUGAGGGAAUGACUGCUCUCUGAAUUACAUAAACAAAGCUCUGCUGUUCUCAGAAAUUCACUAUUUCUGAAAAAGAAGCCUUGGUGCAGUGCAGGCUGGGGGGAGGCAGGGUCAGCAUCUGCACACUUUGGUAGGGAGCAGCAGUUUGUAGAAUCUGAUCGUGAGGGAGAGAGCAGCAGAUGAGCAGUUUUUGUCUCUGUGCAGAAGAUGCUGGAGAUGAUACAUUUCAGUUCUUCUAGAAUUUCUCACUGUAAAAUGAAAAAUGAAUCAAAAAAUGCUAUUGCUCUGUUUUAUUUUACGUGACAGGCUGUUCUGAGCAUAAUUUAUUUGGAAUUCAAUCUACAAAUAAGAUAUAGGCAGUUGUCUUUAUCCUAAUAUCAGCAGUGAUGACUUCAUCCUAGAAUCACAGAAAGCCUUGGGUUGGAAGGGACCUCAAAUAUCACCCAGCCCCAACCUCCCCACUAUGGGUUGGGAGCCCCCAGCAGACCAGGCUGCCCAGGGCUCCAUCAAGCCUGGCCUUGGGCACCCACAGCUCUGGGCAGCCUGGGCUGGGGACCCACUACCCUCUGGGUAAACAAUUUAUUCCUCACAUCUAAUCUAAAUUUUCCCUCUUUAAAUUUAAAGCCAUUCCCACUUGUCCUAUCUCAAAAAAUUUGACUGUGCAGUUAAAAGUGCAUUGUUAGCAGAAUUUCAAGCACGUUUUCCCUUCUUUUAUUUGCUGUGUUUUUCUUUUUUCCAUACAGCGACAUGAGAAGCUGCUUCUUAUCUGGUAGCCCCCCACCUUUCUGUUUGGGAAAGGGGAUGGCUGCUCCAUUGAGGUGCAGAUGGCACCAGGUUGGAGCUUUCCCUGCAAGCCUUGGUCAUCCAUUCCUCUGCUUUCUUUCCACCCUUCCUUACCACUGCAUUCCCAUAGCUCCUUGCCACACACACAUGGGGAGGUGUGGGCAGCCUUUCCAGGGAGAAGGGAGCUUAGCAAGCUUCAGGUUCAGCAGCUCUGUGCUUCUAGCCAAGUGACCGAGCAGGUUCAGCAUCCACAGUGUCAGUGUUAGCUGCUCUGCAAAGCCCCAUCCCAGCUCUUGUGGCAGAUCGUGCCGUGCAGGCUGAGCUGUGCCGCAUCUUUUUGUCUCGUGUUUGGCUGCUAAAGAAACUUCUUUUAUAUUAUAGCUGGCAUUGUAAAGUGCAUUUGGGAUGCUAACAUCCUUACUAUGUGCCAUUGGUGUAACUUUGCUGGUGCUUUGGCUGCCAGUCUCUAGAAUUUCACAGGUGGUGGAUUUCUUGUUUCUUUUGUGUGUUCAUUGCUAAGCUGCAAAUAAAGCUGUGAUUUCUGAUCAAACUGUGUUGCAAACACAGUGUUUCUCAAAACUGAAUCUGCUGAUAUUUAAACUGCAAAUAAUAGUGUCUGGGUGAGCUAUUUCCACAAGUGGGCAUGUAGACCAAGAUUUUAGAUACUGAAAUAUGUAUGUUCCUUAGUUCAAACAAGCUGUCCUGUUUAACCAGAGGGACUCCAUCACAUUCCUUGUUAGAAGCACUACUGGCAGUACCUACAGUUAUGCUUUAACCAGGCAGUUCCAUUUGUAGCUUUGCCUUUUUUUUUUCUGUUGUUCAAGUACAGUAUGAAACUGUAAAUAUUUCUUGCAGUACUGCCUUUUUAACUCUUACUUACUUUUGGCACAGUGUUAAAUAGUGUUGGAUUUACCCAAUUGCUAUGACAUAUAUUUUUAUACAUAAGUGUACUCUUUUCUCGAGAAUAAUAACAGCCAUUUUGUCAUCAAUGCCUUACCAGUGUCAUACUGCUGUUGCUCUUUGUUUGCAAGGUAUCGGGUGGACUAAUUUCUAGUUGAGAUAUUUUCACUUUUCCUGGCAGUGCUCUUUUGGGAUCCAGGUGAUUUUUGCCAGUCCCAUUUUUUGCAGUUGUAAGCUGUGAGAAGAAGAGAAUGUGAGCUUUGUGUUCUUCCUGUUAAUGGAGCAAAUGAAAGGUGAUGGCAUCUAAUUGUCUAUAGAAGGUCAGUCUUUUCCUGCUCUAAGCCAGAGUGCAUUUCAUGGAACUGAUGACUGUGGGCACUGAUUACUUUGUGUAGAUUAAUGGUCUUUAAAAAAAAAUAAAAAUUAAAAAAAUAAAAAAAACCUAAACCACAAAAAAAAAGAAACCUCCAAAAAUGGACUUCUGUCAUUGUUAGACACUUGGGUACUUAUCUGUUUAAACUCUUCAUAUGGAUGUGAAAUUGUGCUGUGGAUAAAGUGUAUUUUGUACUUCUGAAUGUUCUAUAUUUAUGACUAACAAGUACAGAAUCAGUUGUGUGUACGUAUAACUAAUAACUGCCUUUUUAAAUUUCAUUAAAAUAAAAAGGUCAUGAGCU